AUGGACUCCGCAAUCGCGACGGAGCAACGAUCGAGGUACGUUGAAGAUGACGAAGCUGAGGAGGAAGACAUUUGCAGAAUCUGCAGAAAUCCAGGAGAUGCGAACAAUCCGCUUCGGUAUCCUUGCGCCUGCAACGGAAGCAUCAAGUUUGUUCACCAGGAUUGCCUCUUUCAAUGGCUUCAUCACAGCGACACUCUUCACUGCGAGGUUUGCAAGCAUCCUUUUUCAUUCUUCACCGUGUAUGCUGAUAAUGCUCCCACAAGGCUUCCUUUACAAGAGUUUGUAUCUGGCAUUGCGAUGAAAUCUUGCUCUCUUUUGCACUUCUUUAUGCGGUUGAGUUUUGUGCUUUCGGUAUGGCUUCUCACUGUUCCGUUCGUUACAUUUUGGAUAUGGCGAUUGGCUUUUCUGCGGAGUUUUGGUGAAGCUCAGAGCUUGUUCUUAAGUCACAUCUCCACCACAGUUAUUCUCGUGGAUUGUUUCCUUGGGUUCUUACUGUCGGCAAGUAUUGUAUUCAUUUUCCGUGUUCCAAAUCCAUUGAGGGAUUUAUUUAGGCAUUUGCAAGAAGGCAUUCCAUUUGACGAGCUGGUUGGAAUGCAUGGUCCACUGUUUCAUUUGGUUGAGAAUGCCUUUACUGUUCUAGCAAGCAAUGUGAUGUUCCUCGGUGUGGUGAUCUUUGUGCCCUUCACAUUAGGACGGGUUAUAUUGUAUCAUGUGUCGUGGCUUUUUGCUGCUGCUAGAAGAUCUGCUUUGACCACCGCAUCAAUGCCUUUUACAGAUACUGAACUAUCAUUGGAGAAUAUAACUCUGAAGAAUGCGUUGACUUCUAUCUCAAAUUUGACUGAUGAGGGCCAAGAAAAUGGACUGCUUGGUCAAUUCACAGAAAUGAUGAAAGUCUAUGGAAGUGAAUUAACUGGAGCAAACAAUGCGCUAUCCGUUGCUGCUGAUAUCUUGAAAGGUUCUGCUGCUGGAUCAUCAAAGCUAUAUGAUGUUACAACUCUGACUUUUGGGCAGUUCUUGGCAGCAAUGAGGCUUGGAAGCAGAGUUGCCUUUUUUGUGAUCUUCAUGCUUGGGGUCUGGCCCCUGAUGUGUGGGUGGUUGCUAGAUUUUUCCACGGUUAGGAUGUUUGGUAAAACAAUGUACCACAGAGUACAGUUUUUAUCAGUUUCUCCACUGGCAAGCUCACUUGUUCACUGGGUUGUUGGAAUCAUGUACAUGCUGCAAAUAAGCAUGUUCGUCAGCCUUCUUCGAGGGGUUCUUCGCCCUGGAGUUUUGUAUUUCCUUCGUGAUCCUGCAGAUCCUAAUUACAAUCCAUUCCGAGAUUUGAUUGAUGAUCCAGUACACAAACAUGCUCGUAGAUUUCUGCUAUCUGUUGCAGUGUAUGGGAGUUCGAUUGUCAUGCUUGUAUUCUUACCAGUCAGACUUGUGAUCGGAAUGGCUCCUUCAGUCUUCCCGCUUCAGUCAUUCUGA